AUGGCGAAAUCACCAUGGUCUACAAGGGGGUCACGGUCCGUUGCGACCGUGGCAGCCUACUCCGUGUUAGUGUCCAACACUCAUGCACAGGAUACCAUCUUUAGUGGACAUGGUUUCGCUACGUAUUAUUACGACAUCGAAAACGUGAAAGCUUGUGGCACGGAUUUCGUGAACCAGAAUCAGGGCUAUGUCGCAUGCAGCCCUGGCACGGCGCGGUCACUGAACCAAAUCGGCACUAAUUAUCUCGUAGCCAUGAACAACACUGAGUUGCAAAAGAACCGGAAAAAGUACUGUGGCAAGAGAGUUAUAGUAACAGUGAAUGGCGAAAAGUCAACUCUUCCAUUUUUCAUCGGCGAUGGUUGCGAGCGCUGUGGCGGCGGACCACUUACUGGGCCGUGGAAUCCAGUCGGGGCUCCUGGGCUGGACUUCAGCUAUUCAGCAUUGAGUGAACUGUCAACACAAGCGUGUUCCGCGGGACAUAUAGAACUGAGUUGGGAGAUUGCGGAUGAGGCACUGUUCCAAUUCAAUACUGACUAUUAG